CGACUGUCAAUUCACUGUCAAUAAUUAUUUACCUUAGCGAGUGAACCGAGAGAAAGAGAGGUACAUGUCCGUACGCAUCUUACGUCAUGUAUAAUGGGAUCGGCUUGUCAACGGUCCGAGGCACAGCGACUUCCGGUCACGUCCAGCGCAACGCGAGUCACGUCCACGCCUCCCGCCGUCGGACCCAAACCUCCCGGCACGUCGCCGGUCAUCGGACCGGCCCGCAAUUAGUCUCCGCCGCCGCGCAGAGUCGGGGAAACCGCGAGAUUCAAGAUCACGCGGACCGUCGGCGGUUGGAAAACAGGCUCCUGGUCUUGCGGGAAGAAUGGGAAGCCCGCGGCGUGGCGGAAGCCGAGAUUGUCGCGCGCCUCGCGACGGAGCGGGCGGCGAGUGUUGCGUCCCGCAACGAAUCCGCGGAGGCGGCGGAAUCAGUCGUGUUGUCACCCGAUACGCGAUCCAGCGUGCGCUCCGGUGUACCGGGACAUCUGACCCGUGCGUGUCGCCGCGACGCCGUUGCUACCACCAAUACGCAUGUCCAAAAGCAGGCCAAGGCGGUGGAGAACGAACGACUCGCAGCGGCCUUUGGGAUUUCCCACGUUCGCCACCAGGAAGGUGCCGCCUUUGAUCGAGAACUGCAGCAAGCCAAGAAACAGGAACGCUUGGCGCGUUUGGAAGAAGAACGGCGUGUUAUAGAAAAGGCCGCUCGGAAGAGAGAAAAGGAACUGCGUAAUGCCCAAAAGGAGGCACAACGCAAGCAAGCCAAGCGCAAGGAUGACGACACCGUAGCAGUCGAAGUAGUCGCUCUUCUUAUUCGAGUGGUUCAUCCUCGUUUUCGUCUCGCAGUCGGAGUCGGGGUCGUCGCCGAAAGCGCUCGUACAGUCGAAGCAGCAGCAGCAGCCGCUCAGUCAGCCGGUCUCCGCCGCGACGAAAACGAACGCGGUCGCUUUCUCCAGUCGUUGCGAAAAAAACGGAAGCGAAACGAUCAGUUUCUCCAAAGAGCCGAUCGCCGAUGCCAUCGACACAUCGGACUAAACGCCGAUCGCGAUCUACAUCUAGGUCACCGCCAUCGAAACGAUCUCGAAGCAGGGCAGCGUCACAUUCUCGAAGCUCAUCGGGUUCGAGAUCUAGUUCGUCUUCACGGUCUAGAUCCAGAUCACGAUUGCGAAAUGCUCGAAACAGAUCCCGAGGUAGAUCAUAUUCGAGAUCCACAUCCAGUUCUCGUUCCAGAUCACCGCGAAGACGGUCCAGAACUCGGUCGCGCAGCCCGAGUCUUUCCCCGGACAUUCCACGAAAAGUGGAGGCCAAAAAUCGGCGGUCUUCUUCCGGGCGUUCCGUAUCUCCUCGCUCCCGCAGGGCCAGACACUCGUCCCGCUCUCCCUCCUAUUCGUCCAGAUCGUACAGUAGUCGCUCGUCCAGUGGAUCAUCGAGAAGUCGUUCGGACAGUGGUUCCGCAGGCCGCUCGAGCAAGCACUCUCGGAAACGCACACAUCGCCGGUCUUCUUCUUCGAGCAGUCGCAGUAGGAGUCGAAGCUAAUGGGGGGAUGAGAAUAAUCUACUAA